UGUGUCACUCUGGCAGCUGCCAGCUUUGAUGUCACAGCGUUCUUAAAAAAAAAGGCAAAAACAAUCCGCAUUGUAAAAUAAUCUCCUAUUUAAUUUGUAACAAAGCUGUAGACGGGACUCUCGCUCUUUUUUUAAAGAAGCCUUCAGAUCGAGUAAACAAAGAUCUAAACAGAAAUGGUUUCCCCAGUCACCGUGGUGAAGUGCGAAGGCCCCAAGCUUGUGCCUUUCUUGAAGGCCACGUGCGUCUACUUCGUCCUCUGGCUGCCCACCUCCAGCCCCUCGUGGUUCAGUGCCCUCAUCAAGUGUCUGCCCAUCUUCUGCCUGUGGGUCUUUCUCCUGGCUCAUGGGAUCUCCUUCCUGGGUGCCCAUUCCAGUGCCCGCAAGAUCCUGGCCGGACUCAUCUUCUCUUCACUGGGAGACGCCUUCCUGAUCUGGCAGGAGCAAGGCUACUUCGUCCAUGGCCUGUUAAUGUUCGCGAUCAGCCAUGUCUUGUACUCCUCUGCCUUCGGGAUGAAGCCCUUGGACCUGCGUGCUGGCCUGUCUAUCGGGGUGUUGUCGGGGCUGAGCUAUGCUCUGCUCUACUCCUAUUUGUCAGGGCCAUUCACCUACCUGGUGGCGGUCUACAUCGCUCUGAUCGGCUUCAUGGGCUGGCGUGCCCUGGCGGGGGUGCAGUUGUGCGAUGACCUGUGGACCUGGACCAAGCUGUCAGCCUGCCUGGGGGCCAUGCUCUUCAUGGUGUCUGACCUCACCAUCGCCGUCAACAAGUUCUGCUUCCCUGUGCCGUAUUCCCGGGCCAUCAUCAUGGCCACUUACUAUGCAGCGCAGAUGCUCAUUGCCCUGUCUGCCGUGGAGCGCCAGGACGAAGACGACCUCAAAAAGACAGCCUGAAUCUGCCAGCAGUGACAGUUUUGACAUCAGGGAACAGACUAGUCGCCUGAUCUAUGGAUGCACAGAUAUAGCACUGUGACAAAUACUACUGCUAUUAUUAUUAGUUACCUGAAUUGCUUAGCUUCUUAUUA